CACGUCUUGCGUCUCGAGUCUCGACCCUCCAGGAUGGCCUCCAAGUGUCUGCACAAGGGCUGCGGGAAGGAAUUCACCGACGCCGACGAGCCCUGUGUCUACCACCCUGGCCCGCCGGUCUUCCACGAAGGCCAAAAGGGCUGGAAAUGCUGCAAACCCCGCGUGCUCACCUUCGACGAAUUCCUCGCCAUCCCACCCUGCACGACGGGCACCCACUCCACCGUCGACGACACCCCCGUCGAGCCCCCGAAGCCCGUCGCCGAAGAGCCUGCGCCUGCGCCUGCGCCAUCGCCGUCGCCUGCGACGCCCGUCCCGGACAGCGGGGUGCCCCGACCGGCCAUCUCGCCGGCCAUUGCCCCUCCGCCGGCGCCGUCGCCCGCCCCCGAGGAGCCCGACUCCGACGACCCCUCGCUGGAGAUCGCCGCCAACGCGACCUGUCGCCGCCGCGGCUGCAACAAGGGCUACGAUGCCAGCAUCGCCCGCGAGGCCGAGAAGUGCCUGCACCACCCGGGCCACCCGAUCUUCCACGAGGGUAGCAAGGGGUGGUCGUGCUGCAAGCGGCGGGUGCUGGAGUUUGACGAGUUCCUGAACCUGCCGGGGUGCGUCGAGAAGACGAAGCAUCUGUUUAUUGGGAAGGGGAAGCCGGCGGGCGAGGAGAAGGUGGAAACAGUCAGGAACGACUUCUACCAAACCUCCUCCUCCGUGAACGUCUCCCUCUACCUGAAAAAGAUCGACAAGGCGCAGGCCAAGGUCGAGUUCUCUGCGACUGCGAUCACGCUGGACCUGCCCACGACGGACAACAAGCGCUACACGGACACCUACCAGCUGUUCGCGCCCAUCGACCCCGAGAAGUCGCAGUUCCGCGUGCUGGGGACCAAGCUGGAGCUGACCCUGGUCAAGGGCGACGGCACCAGCUGGCCGGUGCUGCGCAGCGAUGACAAGUGGACGGGCGAGCGGAUUCAGAUUGGCAAUGCGGGACGCGUGUGAUAGAUGAUAUGAAUACCAGGAUGAUAUAGAUUGGAGUUCCGCAGCGUGACGAAUGAUUAUACUUUGGUUUUGGAUGGAUAUGACAUCGAGGAUGGCAGUAAACAUGCACACCAUGGCAUGUUGGAUGGGUGUAUGGGAGAGUACGGUACGGGACAAUAAGAGUACACCGUACCACUGACAGUGAUUGGGAUGGCAUAUGGCAUGUACGGAGUACAUGGAUGCCAAAUCCAUCAGGCAAGCACAGUGACAGCCAGCCAACCAUACAUAGCAGACCGUCAGGCUGUACCACAUGUCCACUAGAAAAAAGCUAGACAGACAACAUAACUAGAAUGCAACACAUACCAAC